UGUGCGUGUGUGUCUGGUGGGGUGAAUUGCAUGCGCAAUCUGGAUUUAUCAAAAUGUUGCUGAUCCUGCCGGCCGGUCGUCAGUUGGGCAGAAGCGCUCAAACGAUAAGGAACUCUGGCGCGAGUUUCCUGGUGGAGUUGGUUUGGUGAGCUGUAGUUUAGUGUUCGGUUGUGUUGGUGAAGCUGGUUGUCCGGUUGCAGUUUUGUGGACCAAACUCUACCAGUGAGACAUAUCGAUUCGUUUGUUAAACCGGGCCACCCGGAUUGGAACCAAGCCGUGUUUUUUGUUGGGGUGGAGUGGCAUAUAGGAAUUCAAUACAGUCGCCUAGAGUCGCGUCAUCAGAUCGGCGCGUUAGUCAAGAUGCGGCUGGAUUGCAGAUGGAUCCUUUUGCCCAUGCUGGCACUUUUCGUCGAGGCGAGAGAUGCACGAGCGUACCGUGGAGGCAAGGCAGAGUACAUGAAGGCGGAUCGGAAGGGUGAAACCCAGUUUCAGCAUCAGAAAACCAUCGAUGGAGCCGUUCUCGGAUGCUUCGGCUAUGUGGAUGGACAGGGAAAAAUGUUUGUCACCCAUUACUUGGCCGAUGUGGCGGGAUACCGCAGUGUAAGCUUAUCUGCGCCCGAUAAAAUGACCCGGGAGCGUCUAAAGUUGUUGAGGAACGGUGAAGAUGGACCAGCGUCAGAUCUAUUUCCGGUCGACUGUACGGAGGAAGGAGACGUGGGUAGAUUACAGAAGAUGGCGGAUAAAAUAAAGAAAGAUUUCGAGAGUGAUAACGAAGCGGAGGAACCGCAAAGGAAAUCUCCAUCCUACGCUAAAAACGAUGAUCCGACCACGGUGGCGACUGACGGUGGCAGAGCUCCGGAAAAUAGUGAUGCAGAAAAUGAUAGUGUAAAAGCAAAAACGGCACCAUCGACUGCAACGCCCAGCGAAACUCCAAACAAAAAGCAAAAUGUUCGUCUGAUAAAUGUAAGAGAUCCGAGCUCGUUCGGAAAACCGGCAAAGAAACCAGCAGAAAGCUCGAAAACACCGUCAAGAAAAUCUCCAUCCAAACCAACCGGAGAUGAAGCGAAUUCCGAACCGGGAAAAGUGUCUCCAUCAAAAGGAAGUUUUCCGCCCAAAAAGCAAUACCCGAAGGUAUCAAAGCAACCGAACACAAUGGAACAACCGCAGGCAACGAAGGAUUUGGAGAAACCGUCAGAAAAAAAUCAGACUCCAGCUGCAAAACCGAAUGUAGCUGCCAGGUCGCCUGCCGUUCCUGAGGGUGCUAAGGAUGAUGAAGUCCCGGAAGAUGCAUCGAGAAAACAACCGACUGAUAGCAAAUCAUCGCCAAAAUCAGGAAAGGAUCCAAACAAGGUAGCGGAAGGACCUUCAAAACCUGAAUCCAAGAAGGGGUCCGACAAGCCAGCAAGCAAGAACAAGCAGCCCAACGAAGAUGAGAAGGCAUCGGAAGAGCCUAAAGAUCAACAAGACGACUCGAGCCCCGAGAAGCCAGAAGCCGAGUCAGAUGACGCCACAAACGAUCCUAAGCAAUCUCCGAAGUCAGGAAAGGAACCGAGCAAGGGCUCGAAGCCUCAACCCAAGAAGGAAUCGGACAAGCCUGCAGGCAAGAACAAACAGCCCAACGAAGAAGACAAGGCAUCGGAAAAGCCAGAAGAUCAGCAAGACGACUCGAGUGCCGAAAUGCCAGAAGACGAGUUAGAAAACACCUCUGACGAUCCUAAGCAAUCUCUGAAGUCAGGAAAGGAACCGAGCAAGGCUUCUGAUGGCCCGAAGCCUCAACCCAAGAAGGGAUCAGACAAGCUUGAAACGAAGAACGAAGACGACAAGGCAUCGGAAGAGCCUGAAGAUCAGCAAGACGACUCGAGUGACGAGAAGCCAGAAGCUGAGUCAGAUGACGCCACGAACGAUCCUAAGCAAUCUCCGAAGUCAGGAAAGGAACCAAGCAAGGACUCGAAGGCUCAUCCCAAGAAGGGAUCAGAUAAGCCUGCAUCCAAGAACGAAGACGACAAGGCAUCGGAAGAGCCUGAAGAUCAGCAAGACGACUCGAGCGACGAGAAGCCAGAAGCCGAGUCAGACGACGCCUCGGACGAUCCUAAGCAGUCGCCGAAGUCAGGAAAGGAACCGAGCAAGGGCUCGAAGCCUCAACCCAAGAAGGGGUCCGACAAGCCUGCAAGCAAGAACAAACAACCCAAUUCAGAAGACAAGGCAUCGGAAGAUCCUGAAGAUCAGCAAGACGACUCGAGCGACGAGAAGCCAGAAGACGACUUAGACAACACCUCGAACGAUCCUAAGCAAUCUCCGAAGUCAGGAAAGGAACCGAGCAAGGGCUCGAAGCCUCAACCCAAGAAGGGAUCUGAUAAGCCGGCAACCAAGAACGAAGACGAGAAGGCAUCGGAAGAGCCCGAAGAUCAGCAAGACGACUCGAGUGACGAGAAGCCAGAAGCCGAGUCAGAUGACGCCACAAACGAUCCUAAGCAAUCUCCGAUGUCAGGAAAGGAAUCGAGCAAGGGGCCCAAGCCUCAACCUAAGAAGGGAUCGGACAAGCCGGCAAGCAAGAACAAACAGCCCAACGAAGAAGACAAGGCAUCGGAAGAGCCUGAAGAUCAGCAAGACGGCUCGAGUGACGAGAAGCCAGAAGCCGAGUCAGAUGACGCCACAAACGAUCCUAAGCAAUCUCCGAAGUCAGGAAAGGAAUCGAGCAAGGGGCCCAAGCCUCAACCUAAGAAGGGAUCGGACAAGCCGGCAAGCAAGAACAAACAGCCCAACGAAGAAGACAAGGCAUCGGAAGAGCCUGAAGAUCAGCAAGACGGCUCGAGUGACGAGAAGCCAGAAGCCGAGUCAGAUGACGCCACGAACGAUCCUAAGCAGUCGCCGAAGUCAGGAAAGGAACCGAGCAAGGGCUCGAAGCCUCAACCCAAGAAGGGAUCGGACAAGCCGGCAGGCAAGAACGAAGACGGCAAGGCAUCGGAAGAGCCUGAAGAUCAGCAAGACGACUCGAGCGACGAGAAGCCAGAAGCCGAGUCAGAUGACGCCACGAACGAUCCUAAGCAAUCUCCGAAGUCAGGAAAGGAACCAAGCAAGGACUCGAAGGCUCAUCCCAAGAAGGGAUCAGAUAAGCCUGCAUCCAAGAACGAAGACGACAAGGCAUCGGAAGAGCCUGAAGAUCAGCAAGACGACUCGAGCGACGAGAAGCCAGAAGCCGAGUCAGACGACGCCUCGGACGAUCCUAAGCAGUCGCCGAAGUCAGGAAAGGAACCGAGCAAGGGCUCGAAGCCUCAACCCAAGAAGGGGUCCGACAAGCCUGCAAGCAAGAACAAACAACCCAAUUCAGAAGACAAGGCAUCGGAAGAUCCUGAAGAUCAGCAAGACGACUCGAGCGACGAGAAGCCAGAAGACGACUUAGACAACACCUCGAACGAUCCUAAGCAAUCUCCGAAGUCAGGAAAGGAACCGAGCAAGGGCUCGAAGCCUCAACCCAAGAAGGGAUCUGAUAAGCCUGCAAGCAAGAACGAAGACGACAAGGCAUCGGAAGAGCCUGAAGAUCAGCAAGACGACUCGAGUGACGAGAAGCCAGAAGCCGAGUCAGAUGACGCCACAAACGAUCCUAAGCAAUCUCCGAAGUCAGGAAAGGAAUCGAGCAAGGGCUCGAAGCCUCAACCCAAGAAGGGAUCUGAUAAGCCGGCAACCAAGAACGAAGACGACAAGGCAUCGGAAGAGCCUGAAGAUCAGCAAGACGACUCGAGCGACGAGAAGCCAGAAGCCGAGUCAGAUGACGCCACGAACGAUCCUAAGCAGUCUCCGAAGUCAGGAAAGGAAUCGAGCAAGGGGCCCAAGCCUCAACCUAAGAAGGGAUCGGACAAGCCGGCAAGCAAGAACAAACAGCCCAACGAAGAAGACAAGGCAUCGGAAGAGCCUGAAGAUCAGCAAGACGACUCGAGCGACGAGAAGCCAGAAGCCGAGUCAGAUGACGCCACGAACGAUCCUAAGCAGUCUCCGAAGUCAGGAAAGGAAUCGAGCAAGGGGCCCAAGCCUCAACCUAAGAAGGGAUCGGACAAGCCGGCAAGCAAGAACAAACAGCCCAACGAAGAAGACAAGGCAUCGGAAGAGCCUGAAGAUCAGCAAGACGACUCGAGCGCCGAGAAGCCAGAAGCCGAGUCAGAUGACGCCACGAACGAUCCUAAGCAGUCGCUGAAGUCAGGAAAGGAAUCGAGCAAGGGCUCGAAGCCUCAACCCAAGAAGGGAACUGAUAAGCCGGCAACCAAGAACGAAGACGACAAGGCAUCGGAAGAGCCUGAAGAUCAGCAAGACGACUCGAGUGACGAGAAGCCAGAAGCCGAGUCAGAUGACGCCACAAACGAUCCUAAGCAAUCUCCGAAGUCAGGAAAGGAACCGAGCAAGGGCUCGAAGCCUCAACCCAAGAAGGGAUCUGAUAAGCCUGCAACCAAGAACGAAGACGACAAGGCAUCGGAAGAGCCUGAAGAUCAGCAAGACGACUCGAGCGACGAGAAGCCAGAAGCCGAGUCAGAUGACGCCACGAACAAUCCUAAGCAAUCUCCGAAGUCAGGAAAGGAACCGAGCAAGGGCUCGAAGCCUCAACCCAAGAAGGGGUCGGACAAGCCGGCAAGCAAGAACAAACAGCCUGAAGGACCCGCUGCAAGAAACGAACCAGCUGGAUCAGCGCUUACCGAUCUUUAUCCAACGCCACCGUUCGAAGCAGAGGACCCCACAUCAAUGGGUGCAGUUAAACCGAGUGAUUCGAACGAUGUGCUGGCUGCUAUCAGCAGGGUACUGCCAGUAAUUCGAGACAUUAGUGCAUUGCCAUUGCCCAGCGGUGGAUCGGUUCCAAAGACGCCGGUACCAUCCACCAAAGACGCCGAUGUGUACGAUGAGGUAGAAGAUGAAGACGAUACGGAUGCGGUUGAUGCCGUUAUGCCAGAGAAGCAACAGCACAGCGAACCGGAAACACCCAGCCAAUCAGCCCCUCAACCUACGGAUACGGGCAGUUGCAUCGAGAUCAUACUGAAGGUACCAACCGACGCGCGGCACGUGAUUGUUCGAGCGGAAAAUCCCAAGUUUAAGUCACAGGCUGGAUCGCCGCUCGACCAGCUGGUGAACAAGAUUGCUCCCGGUGUGUACGAUGUGCAGUUGGCCAAGUUCGAUAAGGUGGUGUUUGAAAAGUACGAUAAAUCGCCAGCCGAAGACGAACCGGAAGCGCCCAGCAAUCUGGGAAAGGCAUUCAACUACGAUGAGCUUGUGCCGAAGCCAAGAAACGCUGGCUCAAGCAAACGCGUGCCGGAAGACAGUGUAAAUGCGUACCUGCCGAAGGUGGAGAGCGUUCAAUCGCGUGUGGGCGCCGCCGACGAGAAGCAGGGAAAGUCGGCUCGGGAUGAAAGUGCGCCGGCCAAGCAGCGUCGCAUUCCGGACCGAUUCCUGGCGGUGGGACGUCGAGGUUGACGGUGGAGCGAGGUUGAGAUCGAGGAUGAAGACUGUCUUUCAUGUAGUAGCAGUUAAGAAAGCAUUACAAAUGUAAGAAGCAAAGUACGAUGGAUAAUAAAUAAAACAAAUUGAACAAAUUGCUUGUCAAUAAAGAGCUUCGCUUGACUCAUUUA